UUUUCAUCUUUGAUCAAACAGAUUAUUAAGUAAGAUGUUUCGUUUAGGUGCCACCCAAGUUGCCCGUACUGCCGGUGCAAGGUAUGUAAUUGAGUGAACGGUGAAUGGCGAAUGGUGAAUGGAGAAUUGUGGAAGGAGCAGUGAAAAAUUUAUCAUUCAAAAUAUCAAUUGAAUUGAAUACUAACAGAUAUAGAAAUUAUGCUACUUUACGUGAAAUUGAAAUGCGUCUUAAGUCAAUUAAGAACAUUGAAAAAAUCACCAACACCAUGAAGAUUGUUGCUUCGACCAGAUUGAACAAAGCUCAAAGAGCCAUGACUGCUUCAAGAGUUUUCAAUAAAACUGAUGCUGAAUUUAUGGAAAAUGCUCAACCAGAGAAAGCCGAAGAUGAAAAAACUUUAUUAGUUGUUGUUUCUUCUGAUAAAGGUUUAUGUGGUUCCAUUCAUACUCAAAUUUCCAAAGCUGCUAGAAAAAGAUUUGAAGAAUUAAACGGUUCUGCUGAUAUUGUUACCAUUGGUGAUAAAGUCAGAACCCAAUUACAAAGAACUCACGCCGAUUCCAUGAAAUUGGCUUUCAACGGGGUUGGUAAAGAAGCUCCAACUUUCCAUGAAGUUGCUUUAAUUGCUGAUGAAAUUAAAAAAUUGGGCCAAUACGAAAAUAUCGAAAUUUUAUACAAUAAAUUCGUUUCUGGUGUUUCUUUUGAACCUUCCAAAUUUGCCGUUUUCGCUAAUGAUGCCAUUGAAAAAGCUCCUGGUUUAUCUAAAUACGAAUUAGAAGGUGAAGAUAUCGGUGAAACCUUGAGUGAUUUAUCCUUAGCUAACUCUUUAUUAACCGCUCAAGCUGAAGCUUAUGCUUCUGAAAUCUCUGCCAGAAGAAAUGCUAUGGAUAACGCUUCUAAGAAUGCUGGUGAUAUGAUUAACUCUUACUCUAUCUUGUAUAACAGAACUAGACAAGCUGUUAUUACCAAUGAAUUGGUUGAUAUCAUUACCGGUGCUUCCUCUUUAGGUUAGAGCCC